AUAGUAAAACAUCUGAUAUUUCAUGAAUUAAGAGCGUCUCUCAUUUGGUUUGAAUUUUCUAUACUCCUAAUCUUAAUAAAUGUAGCCCUCGAUUUGCGCCGAUUCGGAAUAACGCCGAUUUUGAAACCAGAAAGUCAAAAAGUGAAAAAAAAAAUUAUUAUUUAUAAAUUUUUACAAUGUUUCUCGUACUGCUUCUUAUACUUAAUCGUAAUUCUUACAACGCUGAUUUUUACAGUCAUCUCUGCUAUUACGUAUGUAUUGUCAACUCGGAAUUUGCUCCAAUGAGAUCAGUGAAUCGGUAAGAGCUGUUUGUGAAAUAAAAACUUUUGCAUGUGCGAGUUUGCUCUUGUGCUACAACGAAGAGGAGUGUAAUGGCGUCCAUGAGGCCUUAUUGUGAAAUUUUGAAAGAAAGAAAGAAAGAAGAAAUCACGACAAUCCAUACUACAUGCCUUCUCCAAAAAACGUGACGAUCCUCAACCAGGGACUUCUUCAGAGAACUAACGCCGUUUCAUCACGCCAUCGCCGAUUAACCUUCCGGUCUUUGGUCUGCAGGGACCAGCUGCUGCAUUUGCCGCCACCAAACACACGCACGCACGCACAUCCUAUGGAAGGAAAUUUUUCCGUGUGGAGUUCAUGCCAGGAGCAACUGGAAAUUAUACAGCGCAGUCCAGCAACCUUUUGUUUACGAGGUAGAAUAAAGCUCCAUGAGGCGUCGGGACGACAAGCGACGGUGAUAGCGGGCGGGGCUGGCGAGGGGAUGGUUGGGUGCUGGAAACGGGGAGAUGAUAGUGCUCACCCCGUUACUGCAGCACUCCGCCAUGACAGCAUUACUACCAACAUGAAUCCAAGAUGGCCCCCGGGCGCUGUGUCCGCUGCCCGUAUUCCACCUCUGUCCUCAACAUCACCACUCGUCGGAGAAUGGUGAUAUUUACUAUCAUGCUACCACAGAUGGUGGUCGUCCUAUGAUCAUCCUCGGUGUGCCACGCAGAGGAAAUACCGUUCAUCCUGGAGACUUUAACGCAAGCCGGUAUCAUUUUCAUCAUGGGGGUAGCCAUCAUCUUGACGAAUGUCCUCAUCAUAGCUACCUUCUUCAACUAUCGCGGUAAGUCGCUAUUCAUCGCAAGAUGAAAGGUUCGCUCU